AUGGCUUCGUCUUGUAAACUGGGUCGGUGGAGGAAUGUCACUGCCUGGCCAAGAAUGUCUUCAACUUUCUGGGCUGCGGUGCUACUGACCAGCCUGCUGAUAAUUUACUGCGGUCAGUUGGCAGCGGGUACGUGUGAGAUAGUUACUCUGGACCGGGACAGCAGUCAGCCACGGCGUACCAUAGCACGACAGACGGCGAGGUGUGCCUGCAAAAAGGGUCAGAUUGCAGGUACCACGAGAGCCAGUCCGGCUUGUGUAGACGCUCGCAUUGUGAGGAGCCGGCAGUGGUGUGAAAUGAUGCCUUGUUUGGAAGACGAGGGCUGUGACCUCUUAGUAAACCAGUCGGGCUGGACCUGCACACAGCCUGGGGGCCGGGUGAAGACCACCACGUUGUGUACCGGGGCCUUCCACUGCUCUUUCUAUUCUGGUUAG